AUGCCCGCCCGGGGAGUUUCCGCGGCGGCUUCGCGCUGGAAUCCAGAAGGAAGCUCGCGAAGGCCGGGCGCCGCCCCCGGGCCCGCGCGGCCCUUCCCGCCAACCGCCGCCUCCCGCCACCUGGAGCCGCGCGGGCCGCACCGGAAGAGGCCGGUUGCCCAGGAAACCGCUGAGUCCGGGCUUCCCGCCGCCCGCCCCGCAGCGUCGCCCGAGGGGCCCGCCCGCCUCCUCCCCGCAGCCCUGCGCCCCCGUCCGCGGGGCCCCCUGGGGACGCGGUGGCCACCGGGGCGCCUACACCCGGAGGCCCGUCCGAGGAGGCCCCGGCGCCAACGGGACCCAGCGCGUGGCACAGCGGCCUCUGCUGGCGGCGCGGGGAGGGAGGCCGGACCAGGGCGACGGGGAGAAACCCACCCGGGACCCCUAGAGGAAGGGCGCGCUCGGGGAGAAGCCUUCGCCCGCGGGACCGUGUCCAGGGUGGGGGCUCCAGUUCCUCCGACCGCCCGUGCGCUGGGAGGGAGGCCGACCCCGGGGGACGCCGUGUGCCCUGCCUCGUCCCCCGCUGUGGCCGCGCCAGCUCCAUCCCGGGCCAGCCGCGUCCACGGAUCCCCCCUCCUGAGUCUCCUCAGGCUCUCGCCUCCCCUACCCCCGUGGGAUGCCCACCGCCCGCACCCACGCCCGAGCCUGGCAGCAGCAGCCGCCCCCAGCCUGAAGGGAGCCGGAGGUGACCCAGGCCGCGGGCUCCCGAGGCCCCCCGAAGGGCUGCGCGUGGGGACAUGCCAUUCUUCUGGGUUCCGAACGGGGUUGUCUGAGAAGCCAGAAAAAGUUUCCAGAACUGCCAGCCCUUAAAAAAAAUGAAGAGGAAGAGAAGAAAUGGGAGCAGGCAGCCCUCGUCAGCAGACUGGGAGCCGCGUGGGCGCGGAGCUAUUUGCAUUCCGGUCUGCGGGGGCCCGGGGAUGCUGGUGACAGGCGCGGUUCCUGGUGGCUCGCCCCCACCUGUGGGCGUCGGGAAGGAUCCCUUCCAUCUCUCAGCCGCAGAGGAGGCCCUGGCAGCGUCCCGGCUGCAGCCGCGCAAUCCCAAGGAGUCCUGGUCACCUUCACCCCACCGGGAGGGGCCACAGGGACCUGGGCCUCUGCCACCAAGCUUUGUCCCCUCUUGCUGUAGGGAGCUAGUGAUUCUCCUCCGACCUGGUGAUUGCUUGGUUUUUUCAAAAGGGAGUUUUGUGCGGUGAGAAGUGUGUUUCUGUGUGGCUAACUCUGGGCUAGCGUGCUGCGGCCACUGAAGGCGUGGCCUGCAUGGGUGCAGCGUAAGUGACGCUGGAUUGUCAGGUGGCAGUAGGGGGCCCCUGCUGUGUCAGUGCUAAUGAGAGAUGUUGGUUUGUUUCCAAAAUAAAGCCAAACAAGCCAGCACGUGCAGAGGCUUGGACCCUGAUAGAAA